CUAUCAACUCCACGCCCUGCGAGGAGAUUAGCACUGUGUUACCAAAGAGUCACGAGACUUAAACUCACAUCCAAUAGUAGGUCUUCGAGGCCAGCUUCUUUGAGGAUGGCGAGAACGUCCCAGACGUACACAUUGUUGUUCUCGCCACCAGUCACAUCACCUGCAUCGCCAUAAUGAAUUCAAAGCCUUCGAUGACUCGGAUAGCAAGUCCGUUGCUGGCUCACCUCCCUCAUACGACACAACUUCUACGUCCGGCCCAGGAUUGUCCAUCAAAUCCAGACGGCUAUCUAUAUCAUCCUUUCUACCGGCUGGCAAGCAGAAACGUGCUAUUGUUCUAUCUCGCAUUCGUGAUCUUGUCUCUGCCACAAAUUCCACCCCUUCCUCUAUUGACUCAAUUGUCAAUGCAUGCGCUUCUGCUCUCACAGCCCUCAGCUCUCCGGCCUCCUGCAAACACCCAAUAUCGAGGCUCACACAGCUCUAUAUUGGGCAAUUGUGAAUCACCGGCAAGAAGUAUUCUCGGCGUUUGCUAGAUUCAUUUCCAAAUUUUCGUCUGAAUGCUCUUCUGACCUACAUUUUGCAUGCAUGCAAAUCAGCGACCAUGCAUUAUUCUCGCAGCUGAAUCUCCAAAAUAGUGAUGCCAAGAGCGAGUCUUUAAGACGAUUUCUGGGCUGUCCACCAGGCGAGAUCGAGGUACAUGAAGGGGGAGAACUGGAUGACCACCAGUUCGUUGCUUCCUUCCAUAUCGGAAUGUCCCAAAAAUGCCUGCGCGCUACACAAGAAUUAAAACAAGAAUUUGUUGCGCAAGGACGUAUAUGGUGGAUCCGCUUUUAUAUGGGGACCAGCUGGCGAUGGCGUGUUGGCUGUGGUCUCUCUUCACCUAGUCUUCCGGCUUGUCCAAAAUCUUCACUUCUGUUAGGAACUCAUACAAGGCAAGGGGAACCUGGUCGUGAAACACCGCCUAAAGUACUGGUGCGAACAGAAUUCUUAGAAACAGUUGUGCCGGAUGAACCUAAACGAUACAUCGGCGAUGUAGGCAAAGCUCUCAUCGCCUGGAGUUCGCUGUUGGGCGAUUGGGUGACAUACGAAUUGCGAUGGGACCUUACAUGCGAGGCUGGCAAUAACACUCAAAAAGCUUUAGCUUGUUAUAACAUUUAUUCAUUACAGAAUGGUGGCGAUUGA